AUGGCGGGAGGCGCGCCUGGUCCGCUUGAUUACCCCAAUGGCAUCGAUGAGGCAGCGGCUUUGCGGCAUCUGGACGUGGAGGUGGCAUCGGAUCUGCGGCAUAUCUUCCAGGAGUGCGGGGUGCCACUGCCUUUGCAAUACCGCUUGAGCAUCAACUUUCGUACUGUGAGACGCUUUGCGAGUUAUGCUGAUUCAAGGGCUGAAGUUCGGGCUGCUCUUCGGACUGAUCACACUCUGGAUGCUACGGAUCAAGCUUCCCGGGCCGUGGUGGCCUCUGUGGUAGCUGCUUGGGAGGCUUCCAAAGAGUAUGCUGGCAAGGAGGCAUCGCUCAAAGCAGAAGCGCGGGUCUUAGGUGUGGUGCGGCCGGUGACACAGACAGAGAAGCAGGCUAUGCGGGCAGCUUUCGAGGCUGUUCAUGGAUCCAUUGAGGAGACCUACGAGCCUUCGGAGGAGUACUUGUCAGCCAAAAUCGAGGAGGUCGAAUCUGGUGAAGUGUCGGCUUCACCGCUUUCGGAGGUGAUCUCAAAGAAGCGGGCCAAGACUCAGGGCAUUCAAACCAGUGUGGACACGACUGGACAUGUUCGCAUCGUUCGUCAGAAAGCCAAAGGAAAUCUGCCUGCUCAUACGGAGGAGCUCCGCACUGUCCUACGCGUUGAGGCGAACAUGUGGACCUUUCUGGCUAGCAAGUAUCGGAACCAGGCCAUGUUCCGUGGCAUGACUCCAGCAGUGUGGCUCGACUAUGUCAACUACUUGUUGGGUGACAAAGUCUACUUGAUGCAAGUCCCGACUCCCGGGGGAAAGGGCAAGGGUGACCAACAACCACUUCGUCCUCCGUGGCAGGUGCUGCUCACAUAUGAGUAUGAGAUGCGACGCGAAGCUGUCAAGAAGGCCUUCCGUGAGUCGCGGGCACUGGUGGAUACAUUGGCAGAGGUUCAAGGAAAUGCUCAGUUGAAAGAGCAAUUCUUCGUGUCCCCCAUUGCGCUCCAGGGUCGCAGUGAGCCUGCUUGGAAACGUCCCUGGCAACCCGGUGGCGAAUCUGAAGCAGCCUGGGGAAAAUCCUGGGACAAGUGGCAGAAAGGAAAUCGCAAGGGCGACCGCAAGGGCAGCAAGAAGGGCAAGGAGGCAAAGUCAGGCAAGAAGGGCAAGGACCGCAAGGGUGGUGAUCUUGUGACUCGCACGCCCGACAAUCGGCUCAUCUGUUUUGCUUACAGUGGGGCCGGCUGCGACGGGAGCUGUGGCAUGGUACAUUGCUGUCAGGUCCGCGGCUGCGGCAAGCCACAUCCCACUUGGCAACAUUGGAUGGAGCAUCAUGGUGCUUCGCGGGCAACAGAUGGGGCUGGCGCGAAGAGCUGA